AUGAUACGAAUUUUAGUCCUAUCAAGCGUCGUGGCUGCCUCUUUUGCGCGUCAAAAUUUGGGAGAGUCUAGAAAUGUGGUAACUGUCCCGACUAAUUGUCCUCAAGGUCAGGAAUGGAUAAAUGGAAUGUGCAGAGAUGUUUGGCGUAGUGGUGUCACUCCUCCAUCAGUGUCAUGGGGUAAUCCAGUUCCUCGCUUUGCCAACAUAAUUACCGUACCUCCCCACUGCCCUCCUGGUGAAGUAUAUGUUCAUGGAAAAUGCCGUGAAAUUUGGCGUGACGGCGGCAGUCUUCCGAAUUCAAAUCUCUAUAAUGGUCUAUUAGAGAGUCUUUGGAGUGAACAUGUGCGUAAAUUACAACAAUCACCAAGGAACUUUGCAAACAUACCUAGCCAAUGUCCAAUUGGAUUCCAAGCGGACGCCUUUGGAAAUUGUUAUCCGAUUAAAGACGAAUAA